AACCACAUCCAACAACACGUCGAGGAGAGUUUAUUUACCUUCUACCGCCUGCGGCUAGAUACAAGAGACUAUGGAAAUAAGCUGCCAGCAUUUCCAUGUAUGGAUUUGGUUGGCUCGACAUAAAAACAUUUGAGUUAAAGUUUAAGAAAUAAUCAUUCCCAGGGAGAAGAGCCAAGAGUCAAUGGCCUUUUGUUUGAACAAUGGCCCUCAGUUUUUCCAUAUUUGUCUUUUCGGCUGACGAAUCAACCCGAGAUUCUCAUCAGGUGAAUACUUAAACAUGUACAUAUAUUUCUUUUAAAACUCUCCGCGUGACUUGGCGAGUUUGCCCGACUUGAACUGUCAAGGUCGAUGGUGUACAAGCGCCUUAUAAGCGCCGUAUAUAAAUGGAGCCCAUCGUGACUCUGUCGACUUAUUCCUUUGUCAGUUUCGAUCCUCUCUAGACUUUUUCUGCGAGAUGCGUCGCCUCUCUUCGUCAUUCUCAUUAAUGCAGAUUGGCAUUUGCUGCGUUGUCUUGAUGGUGAUGUUGGCCGUGACUUUCGCCGACAAUGAAGACGAUGACACUCGCCAAAAGAGACAAUUUGGCGGAGCACUUGGACUACUCAACGGAUUGGCUGCUGGUUAUGCUUACGGAUAUCCGUCGUAUGGAUUCGGACGCUAUCCUUAUUAUGGACCAUUUCCAUAUGGGCACAACACACCAUACCGUUACAACCCAUACCAUUAUGGCCAUCGGUUCGGCUAUGGUUGGGGAGGUUAUUAUUAAAAAGACGAGGUGUCGAUUCUACAAAUAAAUAAAUAUCACGGUGAAAUGAACUCUUGGAUUCUAUCAAUUGGUCACUAUGCAAACUUCGGUAUUGGCUCAUUGUGUAUGUUCUAUAGACAAAAAUACACGAAACAUUUUGGUAUGGUA